UGGAAGGGGGGAAAGUGUCCGGACUGGAAGGGGGUGAAAGUGUCCGGACUGGAAGGGGGGGAAAGUGUCCGGACUGGAAGGGGGGAAAGUGUCCGGACUGGAAGGGGGGGAAAGUGUCCGGACUGGAAGGGGGGAAAGUGUCCGGACUGGAAGGGGGGGAAAGUGUCCGGACUGGAAGGGGGGGAAAGUGUCCGGACUGGAAGGGGGGGAAAGUGUCCGGACUGGAAGGGGGGGAAAGUGUCCGGACUGGAAGGGGGUGAAAGUGUCCGGACUGGAAGGGGGGGAAAGUGUCCAGACUGGAAGGGGGGGAAAGUGUCCGGACUGGAAGGGGGGGGAAGUGUCCGGACUGGAAGGGGGGGAAAG